ACUACCCCAGAAUGUCGGACUCGGAAGUCAGUAAUAUGUCGGAUAGUGGAUCCGAAGAUGGAUCCAUUUCCAACAAGUCGCAACGCAGCGCCAGAUCCAAGUCAAGGUCACGAUCUAGGUCCGGUUCGAGAGGAUCUCGUUCGGUUUCGAGGUCCCGAUCCCGCUCCCAAUCCGGACACUCGAGAUCCGGCUCUGAGUCGCCACAGAGACGCGACAAUCGUCCCAAGAGCGAUGAAUCCGGCGAGGAGGAGGAGGAGCCCCCCGGCGAGGACAUUGAUUCCGAGGAGUACGAUGAGGAGGAGAACGACGAUCACCCAAGGAAGAAGAAGAAGAAGGAGCGCUUCGGUGGCUUCAUCAUAGACGAGGCCGAAGUGGACGACGAGGUCGAUGAAGAUGACGAGUGGGAGGAGGGUGCCAAUGAGAUUGGCAUUGUGGGCAACGAGAUUGAUGAACUGGGUCCCACGGCCAGGGACAUUGAAAUUCGACGACGAGGCACCAACCUCUGGGACACCCAAAAGGAGGACGAGAUCGAAGAGUACCUCCGAAAGAAAUACGCUGACGAGUCCAUUGCCAAGCGGCACUUUGGUGAUGGCGGUGAGGAGAUGUCGGACGAGAUUACCCAGCAAACUCUUUUGCCAGGCAUCAAGGAUCCCAAUUUGUGGAUGGUGAAGUGCCGGAUUGGUGAGGAGAAGGCCACAGCUCUUCUUCUGAUGAGAAAGUACUUGACCUACUUAAACACCGAUGAUCCUCUGCAAAUCAAAUCGAUUAUUGCGCCGGAGGGCGUCAAGGGAUACAUUUAUCUGGAGGCCUACAAGCAGACCCAUGUCAAAACAUGCAUUGACAACGUCGGCAAUCUUCGGAUGGGCAAAUGGAAGCAAGAAAUGGUGCCCAUCAAGGAGAUGACGGAUGUGCUGAAGGUGGUCAAGGAGCAAGUUGGCCUCAAGGUCAAGCAAUGGGUGCGCCUAAAGCGCGGUCUCUACAAAGACGACAUUGCCCAGGUGGAUUAUGUGGAUUUGGCCCAGAACCAAGUGCAUCUAAAGUUGCUGCCACGUAUUGACUACACACGAAUGCGUGGAGCUCUAAGGACAACAGCAACGGAGAGUGACGAUAGCAAGCGCAAGAAGAAACGACGCCCGGCAGCUAAACCUUUCGAUCCAGAGGCAGUGAGGGCCAUUGGAGGCGAAGUCCACUCGGAUGGUGAUUUCUUGCUCUUCGAGGGAAACCGAUAUUCACGGAAGGGAUUCCUCUACAAGAACUUUACCAUGUCGGCCAUUCUGUCAGACGGUGUAAAGCCUACUCUAGCCGAGCUAGAACGCUUUGAAGAGUCUCCGGAGGAGGUCAACUUGGAAAUUAUGGGCACCGUCAAGGACGAUCCCACUUCGGCUCACUCGUUCUCAAUGGGCGACAAUGUUGAGGUUUGCGUGGGAGAUUUGGAGAACUUGCAAGCCAAAAUUGUGGCCAUCGAUGGCACUAUGAUUACAGUCAUGCCCAAACAUCAAGAUCUUAAGGAUCCUUUGAUUUUCAAAGCCAGUGAGCUGCGCAAGUACUUCAAGACAGGAGAUCACGCCAGAGUGCUGGCCGGUCGUUAUGAAGGCGAAACUGGUCUCAUCAUUCGCGUUGAGCCCUCCAGAGUGGUGCUCGUCUCCGAUCUGACCAAUCACGAGUUGGAGGUGCUGCCCAGGGACCUGCAACUGUGCUCGGAUGUGGCCACAGGUGUCGACUGUCUCGGCCAAUUCCAAUGGGGAGAUUUGGUGCAACUGGAUUCCCAGAAUGUGGGCGUUAUCGUGCGAUUGGAGCGUGAAAACUUCCAUGUUUUGGGCAUGAAUGGCAAGUGCAUUGAGUGCAAACCAACUGCAUUGCACAAGCGAAGGGAGAACCGCAAUACGGUGGCCCUGGAUGCCGAUCAAAAUCAGAUCCGUCGACGUGAUAUUGUCAAGGUGAUGGAGGGUCCCCAUGCUGGUCGUUCGGGCGAGAUCAAGCACUUGUACCGCAGUCUGGCCUUUCUCCAUUGCCGCAUGUACACGGAGAACGGUGGAAUAUUCGUGUGCAAGACCCGGCACUUGCAGUUGGCCGGAGGCAGCAAGACCAACGUUAAUAAUGCUGGCACUCUUGGCGGCUUGGGUUUCAUGUCGCCGCGCAUUCAGUCGCCCAUGCAUCCAUCCGGUGGUCGCGGUGGAGCUCGAGGUGGAGCCCGCGGUGGACGAGGCGGAUUCCGUGUGACUCGCGAUCGUGAAAUUCUGGGCAAAACCAUCAAGAUUAGUGGCGGACCCUACAAGGGAGCUGUCGGCAUUGUCAAGGACGCAACUGAGAGCACGGCUCGCGUGGAACUGCACACCUCAUGUCAGACGAUUUCGGUGGACCGGAAUCAUAUUGCCAUUGUGGGAGUUACCGGAAAGGAGGGCAGUGUCUCCACAUAUGGACGCACUCCAGCUCGUACGCCCGGCUACGGAGCCCAGACUCCCAGCUAUACCGCUGCCGGAUCGAAAACUCCGUUGGUGGGAAGCCAAACGCCCAACUGGGAUACGGAUACUCGUACGCCUUAUGGUACAAUGACACCGUCGCACGAUGGCAGCAUGACGCCUCGUCAUGGAGCUUGGGAUCCCACCGCAAACACAACGCCAGCAAGGAACAACGAUUUCGAUUAUUCCCUGGAGGAGCCCAGCCCCAGCCCUGGCUACAAUCCAAGUACUCCUGGCUAUCAGAUGACUUCCCAGUUUGCCCCUCAAACGCCUGGCACUCUGUACGGCUCGGACAGGAGCUACAGCCCCUUCAAUCCCAGUCCCAGUCCAGCUCCGUCGCCCUAUCCCGUUGGCUACAUGAACACUCCUUCCCCGUCGACCUAUUCACCGAAUACUCCGGGUGGCAUACCGCAAUCCCCGUACAAUCCCCAGACACCUGGGGCAAGUCUGGAUUCGUCAAUGGGCGACUGGUGUACCACGGACAUUGAGGUUCGGAUUCAUACGCACGACGACACCGAUCUCGUUGGGCAAACGGGCAUCAUCCGCACCGUUUCCAACGGGGUGUGCUCCGUAUUCUUGCGACAAGAGGAUCGCAGUGUGUCUAUUGUCAGCGAGCACUUGGCGCCAGUGCCACCAAACAGUGGCGAUGAAUUCAAGGUCAUUUACGGCGAGGAGCGCGAGUCCGUGGGCCGAGUGCUUUCCAAGCAAGAGGGCGACGUACUCGUCUGCAAAAUAAAUGACGAGGUCAAGAUGAUACCCGUAAACCACCUCUGCAAGAUGAAGUCCAUCGACUAAGCUCUAAUAAAAAUUUCUGGUGCCCACUUAAAAAUUGGGAAU